GUGCCAGCCGACAGACGUACCGCGGGUGCCCGACCGACUGAACGCUGCUCCUUCACGCCGAAUAUGAGCCGCGUGUGAUACAACAACGUCAUAAAAACAUUGUUGGUGUUAUCGUGAUUAUCUAGUUACGAUUGAUUCCGCGUGCCGUAUCAUUUGGCCACGUAUAGCCGAAUAGCCGGAAUGAUUACGAGUUCUCUAUACUAAGCUUUUGUCGUCUAAUCAAAUUUCGUCAGACGAAAUUCAACAGAGCCGUCAGCUUUAUGCGAUAACAAUUGACACGAUGGUCGCUUCGUAUCAGUUCGUUCUUUGUUUGAUGAUAGCAAAACGGUGGUGAGAAGAUUGUAUCGCCGUACGUAUUAUGCUGUCCUACAUGGCUCCGUCAUUAAGUGACAAACCACCAACAGUACCAACACGACUAACACUGGAACAGAAGACAUCGGCGUAUCAUAGGUUCAGUAGACCACCAUCCAUAACUUUCAACGAUGGCCAUCGAGAGGGUUUCGGCGCAUUACCUGCACCCAUCAAGAGCAAUAUGGUGAAAGAAGACAGUACUAAUAGUAUAGCAUCAAGUGUCGAUCUCCUGUCUACGACACAUGAUGGCAAACGACUGACCGCCAAGCCAGCUACGCUAAAAAGGGUUUCUUUUGGCAGUUCAAAAGGUUCUAUGGUAGAAACUUUAAUAUACGAUAGUCCUCCUGUACAAGAAGAAGUGCUUGAUCACAGUGAUCCCGACGAUACUGAUGGAACCGUCGCGUCUACUAAAGUACGAGUAAGUUUUUUUGAAUCAGAAAGACCUUCUUGGAUACCAUCGCCGCCAAAAUCGUUAGAAGUAUUUGGCGAUACCACAAUGACCACAUCUAGUCCGAUUCUUCAACGGUCAAACGGACAACUUCAAACUCAAAUAAGUUCGGACGGUUGGGAUAAUCCUUUCAGGCCCGACGGUGACUUAUCGAAAGAAGCUGACCAAAUAGUAGAACUUAUCAAAGAAGGAAAACCAAUCACACCAACACCCACUAAUACUACAUCACCACUAUUGCCUAAUCAACCUGCAAAACACGAACAACUAGUAACAUCCACGCCGACUAAAUCAAACGGUACACGUAGUGAAAAAAAUGCGGUACCGCCCAACGUGGAAGUCCAAAGAGGAACUGUGAUAAAUGGAAACGAACCUUCCCAAGUGGAACACGUCGUAUUGAAGAAAAAACCAAAAUGCAGGUGCUGCGUGAUACAAUAAUAAGUAUCCCAACACACAUUUUUUAUUGAUGUAUUAUAAUAGCAUAUAAUAUAAUGUAAUCCAAAACGCAUUAACUUAUAAGCAAAGAAUGCUGCGCCUUCAGCUAUACGUUGUUCAAAAGAUCGCCAGGUUUUGCGAUUCAAAAAUUAUUUUCAGAGCUAUAUUAUUAUUAUUAUUAUUAGAUAUUAUGUUUGUACCUAUAUAUUUGUAUUUAUAAGUAUAUAUAUUAUAUAACUUGAUAAAUUUGUAUUGUAAAAAUAAUGACUUUUCUAUAUUAUAAAAAAAAAAAAAAAUGCCUGGAAUUGAAUAACAUAAACAAAUGUCACAUAGUUCCUUUUUGUAUAAUUUAUAUAUGUAUAUUUAUAUAUAUAUAUAUAAUUAACGAAUAACUAUUAUAAUGUUUAUUACUUAUAAUAUACAUAAAAAUAUACUUAGUGUAAUAGUAUAUACUUUAGCAAACUUUUGCUUGUGACAUAUUCAUGUAUUCGUGUGUACACUUGUACUAUUUGGACAACUGUGGUUCGUAAUGAAUGGAUGGAGCACAUAGGAAAUGUUUAUUUCUAAGCAAAUGUUUUCAAACAAAGUUAACGCACGCUCAAAUGUUUCAUUUUACGAAUUCACACAAGGCAAAUAUAUUUUUUCAUUAACUAAAAUCCCUACAAUCUUUCUGUGAUUAUAUUAUAUUUAUUUAUUUUUUUUUUUUUGUUAUUUGUUUUGUAUUUAUAUACUUUGUGAAAUGUAUUGAUUAAGGGAUUCAGUGAAUUUAAAAUUUAUUGUAUCAUUUAAAAUACGUUUGAAAUUUGUAAUUUAGAUUUCUAAUUUAUUUACUAGUAAGUGUUUGAUAAUAUUUAAAUAAAAGUGAUUCGUCUAUUA